AUGAAAAAUUUUUCAGAGUUCAAUACUGAAGACUAUGCUGAUAAUCAAAAAGCAUCUCUUGAAGAAUUAUUUGAUCAUUUGAAUCAUUUUAUUAAGUAUCUUCAAUAUGAUAAUAUUAAUAUUGAUCAAUUUUUACCUGCUGGUGCAACUUUAAUUAAGCAUGAUAAAAUUCUUCUUACAGUACAAGAAUUCAGAAAAUCAACAGGAGCACCCCAUAUAAAACAUCAAAUAUUUUAUAAUGAGGGAAAU